AUGAUAUCAAAAUAUGUUAAAGUCAAUGAAGAUGAAUACUUUGAUGAGCUUAUGGCUUUUAUAAACAUUUUUCAAGACAAAUUUGAUGACUGGACCAAAAAUGUUAUUUCAGUAGAACAAAAAUCGGUACACAUAUUUAAUAUAUUUAAAGAAAAAUAUGUAAAUGUAUCAAAUCUUGCAAUGGUUGUAGAGUUUGCAUUUUGUUUCCCUGGGUCAAACGCGUCAAUAGAGCGAGUAUUUUCUUUAAUGACAACUACUUGGACUGACGUUCGAAAUCAAAUGGAUACUAAGACAAUAGAAUUUUGUCUGGUAACAAAAACAUAUGGCUUGAGUUUCAUUGAAUUUUACAAUGAAAUAAUAAAAUAUCCUACAUUUCUGAAGAAAAUACACAGCACUGAAAAAUAUAAGGUCUCCUUGGACGACAAAUAUAAAGAAAAAUAA